CGCUCCGCGCGUGCUGGCGGCGCAGCGCCCCGCGGCCGGCAGUGGCUGCCGCCCCGUCGGCGCCGCGGCGCGCCCGCGGAGGGGCGGCGCUGGGGGCGGCGGCUCGGCGGCGGCAACUUUUGGGAGCCGGCGGCGGCAGCGCGGAGGCUGCGCGGGGGAUGGCGGCGGCGGCGGCAGCGGUGGUGGUGGUGAGGCGGAGGCGCUGAGGCAGCGGCGGCGCGAUGCCGGCGGCGGCCGGGGGGCUGCUGUGGUGGAGCUGCUGCGUGCUGGCGGCGGCGGCCGGGGCCCCGCAGGUCGCCGCGGCGGCGCAGGCAGUGUGUGCCGGCACUGAGAACAAGCUGAGCUCCCUCUCUGACCUGGAGCAGCAGUAUCGGGCCCUGCGCAAGUACUAUGAGAACUGCGAAGUAGUUAUGGGCAACCUGGAAAUCACCAGCAUUGAGCACAACCGAGACCUCUCCUUCCUGCGGUCUAUCCGAGAAGUCACAGGCUAUGUUUUGGUGGCUUUGAAUCAGUUUGAAUACCUGCCAUUGGAGAACCUGCGCAUCGUUCGUGGGACCAAACUCUAUGAAGAGCGAUAUGCUUUGGCGAUAUUUCUUAACUACAGAAAGGAUGGUAACUUUGGACUCAGGGAGCUUGGCUUGAAGAACUUGACAGAAAUACUGAAUGGAGGGGUGUAUGUUGGCCAGAACAAAUUUCUUUGCUUCGCAGACACCAUUCAUUGGCAGGAUAUCGUGCGUAACCCCUGGGCCUCCAAUUUCACUUUGGUUCCAACGAAUGGCAGCUCAGGAUGUGGUCGAUGCCACAAAUCCUGCACAGGCCGGUGCUGGGGACCCACAGAGAAUCACUGCCAGACCUUAACGAAGACAGUGUGUGCAGAGCAGUGUGAUGGACGGUGCUAUGGGCCCUACGUCAGCGACUGCUGCCACCGGGAAUGUGCUGGAGGCUGUUCUGGACCUAAAGACACUGAUUGCUUUGCCUGUAUGAAUUUCAAUGAUAGUGGUGCAUGUGUCACGCAGUGCCCCCAGACUUUUGUAUACAAUCCUACCACCUUCCAACUGGAGCAUAAUCACAAUGCCAAGUACACCUAUGGGGCUUUUUGCGUCAAAAAGUGCCCACACAACUUUGUGGUGGAUUCCAGCUCUUGUGUCCGUGCGUGUCCGAGCUCCAAGAUGGAGGUUGAAGAAAAUGGUAUUAAGAUGUGCAAGCCCUGCACUGACAUUUGUCCUAAAGCAUGUGAUGGCAUUGGAACAGGGAGUUUAGUGUCAGCUCAGACGGUGGAUUCCAGCAACAUUGACAAGUUCAUAAACUGUACCAAGAUCAAUGGCAACCUUAUCUUCCUUGUUACUGGGAUUCAUGGGGACCCGUAUCACACAAUCGCCGCAAUCAAUCCGGAGAAAUUAAAUAUCUUCCAAACAGUGAGAGAGAUAACAGGGUAUUUAAACAUACAGUCGUGGCCUGAGAAUAUGACAGAUUUCAGGGUGUUUUCUAACUUGGUUACUAUCGGUGGAAGAGCUCUCUACAGUGGCCUUUCCUUACUCAUCCUGAAGCAACAAGGCAUUACCUCUCUGCAGUUUCAGUCCUUGAAGCAAAUCAGCGCUGGCAACAUCUACAUAACAGACAACAGCAAUUUGUGCUACUACCACACUGUCAACUGGACUAGCCUUUUCAGCACGCCCAGUCAAAAGACGGUGAUUCAUCGAAAUAAAAAGGCAGAGAACUGCACUGCUGAUGGAAUGGUGUGUAAUGAGUUAUGCUCAAGUGAUGGCUGUUGGGGGCCUGGGCCAGACCAGUGUCUCUCCUGCAAGCGCUUCAUCAGGGGAAGGACCUGCAUAGACUCUUGUAACCUGUAUGAUGGGGAAUUUCGAGAAUUUGCAAAUGGUUCUGUCUGUGUGGAGUGUGAUCCUCAGUGUGAAAAGAUGGAAGAAAACAUGAUCACGUGCUAUGGGCCGGGACCUGACCACUGCACGAAGUGUUUCCAUUUUAAGGAUGGUCCAAAUUGUGUGGAAAAAUGUCCUGAUGGCUUACAGGGGGCCAACAGCUUCAUUUUCAAAUAUGCUGAUGAGGAUCGUGAGUGCCAUCCAUGUCAUCCAAACUGCACCCAAGGGUGUAGAGGUCCCGCUAGUCAUGACUGCAUUUACUAUCCAUGGACACGACAGUCCACUUUACCACAACAUGCUAGAACCCCUCUGAUUGCUGCGGGAGUUAUUGGUGGCCUCUUCAUCGUCGUCAUUGUGGGCCUGACAUUUGCCGUGUAUGUUCGGCGCAAAAGCAUUAAAAAGAAGAGAGCAUUGCGAAGAUUCCUGGAGACUGAGCUUGUGGAACCCUUGACUCCAAGCGGCACAGCACCCAACCAAGCACAGCUUCGUAUCCUGAAGGAAACUGAGUUGAAACGAGUCAAGGUUCUUGGCUCUGGAGCCUUUGGAACUGUAUACAAGGGUAUUUGGGUGCCCGAGGGAGAAACCGUAAAGAUUCCUGUGGCCAUUAAGAUCCUUAAUGAGACCACUGGUCCAAAAGCCAAUGUGGAGUUCAUGGAUGAAGCUCUUAUCAUGGCCAGCAUGGACCACCCGCACCUGGUGAGACUCCUGGGUGUCUGCUUGAGCCCGACCAUUCAACUAGUCACUCAGCUGAUGCCUCAUGGCUGCCUGUUGGAUUAUGUUCAUGAACAUAAGGAUAAUAUUGGCUCCCAGCUUCUGCUAAACUGGUGUGUCCAAAUAGCUAAGGGAAUGAUGUACCUGGAAGAGAGGAGACUUGUCCACCGGGACUUGGCAGCCCGUAAUGUCUUGGUGAAAUCGCCAAACCAUGUGAAGAUCACCGACUUUGGCUUGGCCAGACUUUUGGAAGGGGAUGAGAAGGAGUAUAAUGCUGAUGGAGGGAAGAUGCCAAUUAAGUGGAUGGCUCUGGAGUGCAUACACUACAGGAAAUUUACCCAUCAGAGUGAUGUUUGGAGCUAUGGAGUCACUAUCUGGGAGCUUAUGACCUUUGGUGGGAAGCCGUACGAUGGAAUCCCGACUCGAGAGAUCCCUGACCUGUUGGAGAAGGGAGAGCGGUUGCCUCAACCUCCAAUCUGCACUAUUGAUGUUUAUAUGGUGAUGGUGAAGUGCUGGAUGAUUGAUGCUGACAGUCGGCCGAAAUUCAAGGAGCUGGCUGCUGAAUUCUCUAGAAUGGCUCGAGACCCUCAGAGAUACCUAGUAAUUCAGGGAGAUGAUCGUAUGAAGCUCCCAAGCCCAAAUGACAGCAAGUUCUUCCAAAACCUUCUCGAUGAGGAAGACCUGGAAGAUAUGAUGGAUGCUGAAGAGUAUCUUGUUCCUCAAGCCUUCAACAUCCCUCCUCCCAUCUACACCUCCAGGACAAGAAUUGAUUCCAACAGGAGUGAAAUUGGACACAGCCCUCCUCCUGCCUACACCCCUAUGUCAGGAGUCAUGAUGUUGAAAUUUCCUUGCACGCCUUUGCUGACAAACAAAAUGAACCAGUUUGUGUAUAGAGAUGGUGGCUAUGCUGCAGAGGUGCCGAUGCCAUACAGAGCUCCUGGCUGCAUAAUACCAGAAGCCCCAGUUGCUCAAGGGGCCACAGCAGAGAUCUUUGAAGAUACUUGCUGUAAUGGCACACUACGAAAACAAGUGGCAACCCUGUCAAAAGAGGACAGCAGCACCCAGAGGUACAGCGCUGAUCCCACGGUCUUCAUACCCGAGCGGGUCGUCCGAGGAGAGCUGGAUGAGGACGGGUACAUGACACCGAUGCGAGACAAAGCUAAAACAGAUUACCUAAACCCAGUGGAAGAGAACCCAUUUGUUUCCCGACGAAAGAAUGGAGAUCUCCAAGCUGUGGACAACCCAGAGUAUCACAACGCUCCAAACGGGCAGCCCAAAGCAGAGGAUGAGUAUGUGAAUGAGCCAUUGUACCUCAACACUUUUGCAAACACCUUGGAAAAUGCCGAGUACCUGAAGAACAAUUUGCCGGAGAAAGCCAAGAAGGCCUUUGACAACCCAGACUACUGGAAUCACAGCCUGCCCCCACGAAGCACCCUCCAGCACCCGGACUAUCUGCAAGAGUACAGCACAAAAUACUUUUACAAACAGAAUGGACGGAUCCGCCCCAUUGUGGCAGAGAAUCCUGAAUACCUCUCCGAGUUCUCCCUGAAGCCUGGCACUGUGCUGCCCCCGCCACCCUACAGACACCGAAAUACAGUGGUGUAGUGACUGCGGUCUUACGGAAGUGGAAAGGCAACCCCUUCUAGCUGCCUCGCUCUUUCUCUCUCUCCCUCCCUUCCUCCCUCCCUCCCUCCC